UACCCCAUAAGACCUUUCUCACAGGAGAUCAAUAUGGUCUACGGCUUCUUAUCAACAUUGAACAGUCUGAGUACAUAUACGGCAUAUCACCCUAUGCUGGUCUAAAGGUUGUCAUUGGACCUCAAGGACAAAUGCCUUUUCCCCUAAGCGAAGGAAUCAAUGUUGGUCCUGGGUUAUCCACAAAUAUAGAGGUUGUCAUGAAACAAGCCAAACGAUUGGAUCCUUUCAAGAAUAACAGCUGUAAGAGAACGGAAAGUCUGGAACCGACAAACAUAUAUCACCAGUACAACAUGACGUACUCCAAAAUGGCUUGUCGAAUGUCAUGUCUGUCAAACAUGCAAAAGAACCGCUGCAAAUGUUCCCAGUUUCAUUACACUGAUGAUCCAACCACUGGAUACUGCAAGUCAUUGAACGCAUCAGUUAGAGACUGUAUUGAUAAAGUUAAAGAUGAUUUUGUAAAUGGUGUGUGCGAAAACCAGUGCCCUCCUCAUUGCACAGACACUGAUUUUUCAAGGACAGUAUCAACGUAUAAAUGGCCCGCCAACAAUUAUAAGAAUGAAUUCCUAGAGUCAUUAAAGAGUAUUGCAAACAUAUCGAUGAAAAAUACACAAGAAAUAAGUGACAACCUUUUAGAGCUACACAUUUAUUACGCUGACAUGGACUAUGAGCUUGUCCAAGAAACACUAAAAUAUUCGGMCAGGUGCGGUAACUGUGCGGUAACCGUGYGGAAUAAAAUGACAAUUAUUGACACAUCAAAAGAUGAACAACAAGGCGAGAGACAUCAAUUGUGGCCAAAAGUUCAUGAAUUUCUCGAAUACACUACAGCCCAUGGAUGUGGACGUUUGGCAGCGUCCAAAGGGAUCCCAUGGAAGGUCUUUUGGAUMACCUUUUUUCUAGCUGCGCAUUCAAUGUUUUGGUACCAAUCAGCCUUAAUUGUCACAGACUACCUGGAUAGACCCAUAAGAACAAAGAUAUCGAUUGAGCAUGCUCAGAAGCAAAAUUUUCCAAUGAUAACUAUCUGCAAUCGAAACUCGAUGCGAAAAAGUAAGAUUACCCCAGAUGUUGAGCUAAAAAUUCAGAAAGCAUUUGGUGAAAUCAAGAAACAAGCAAAAACGUCUUCAAACACAACAGAUGCUUUCAAUGGCGCAAUUCCCUCACCCGGUUCUGUCCACUCAAAUCGUGCUAGACUUGAUGCCUUGCGUAAGAUAUUAUUUGAUAUUGAGUAUGAUGAUUUGGUUAAAAUGGGACAUGCUCUUAAAGACAUGAUAGUGGAUUGCUCAUUUAACAGUCAAGACUGCAGUGACUUUGAGAACACUAUGCUCUGGCGUCACCUGUGGAUUGAUGAGGUCGGUAACUGCUACAGCUUUAAUCCAGCAACGAUAAAAGACAAGCGAGGGGAAAACAGAGCAGGACUCCAGGCAGUUUUAUCUGGUGAUCCACACGGACUAACUCUAAUUAUGAAUGUCCAGCAARACGAAUACCUGCCUAAAGUUUCCCCUUACGCUGGUUUUAGAAUCAUUAUUGGUCUUCAAAAUGAAAUGCCUUUUCCACUCAAUGAAGGAAUUAGUAUCGCACCAGGAAAAGUGACAAGUAUCGAAAUCAGAAAGAAUCACGUUCUACGCAUUGAUCCUUUUGAAAAUGGCACAUGUGAAAGCACCAAUGAGCUAACUGARGACAACAUUUUUCGCAUAUAUUACAACAUGAGCUACUCCAAGAUGGCGUGCACCUCUUCGUGUUUGCUAAAAUUACAAAGUGAUAAAUGCAAGUGUUCACAGARCGAGCAUGAGGUAGAAUACGAGUUCUGUGACUUUGAAAAUAGAACAGUUGUAUGCAAAGAUCACCAACAUUUAACAGUGAUCUUUACGAUUAGGGAACAGUUUUUUACGACGACGAUAUCAUCAUCACAGUGGCCUGCAAACAAUUAUAAGGAUAAUCUUAUCGAAGCGUUAAAGAAUGAUUUUCAUAUGAAUAUGACUGCUACUGAAAUAAGUGAAAAUCUCCUUGAGUUAAGGGUUUACUUUGCCGAGCUUGACUAUCUACGAGUUGAAGAGACGCUGAAAUACGGAUUCGAGGAUCUCAUGUCAAAUAUUGGUGGACAGAUGGGCGUCUGGAUCGGUCUGUCAGCCUUGACUAUCUGCGAAGUCUUCGAAAUGAUUUGCAUUCUAAUUCGAUGUCUUCUUAUCAAGAAAACAAGCAAGAAUAAUGUCAUAAAUGUGGGCUCAACGUAAAACGCAUAAUAGCGCAAAGUAGCCUACUCCGCAGGCAUCACUAAGACUCACGGGCUUCCUGUCUUUUUUGGAUUUAAGAWKAGGGAGAAUUAGGCCCUAGUGGCCAAGAUGACCGUUUCAAAGGAAGCCAAAAGGAGGAAAAAAGAGUUGCCUGGGGACGAGGCUAAGCAUAAAGUAAGAUGAAGGUCUACAAAGAUAGUGGAUACUUUAUUGAAAAUCAGCGUCCCCCAUCUCGUUGCAUUUGCCGAGGAUAACUCCACGCAAGGCAAUAUACUAAGACACAUUUAUCAUGAGUGCAUGCCAAAUAAUUUGUCAAGCCUUUCCUUUUUUGCUCCGAAAUGUGUUUAAUGUUGGAGCUACUUUCAGCAAAAGCGUGAAACACUAAUAAGUAAAUUGGGCAAAAUAGUGCUAGUUGAACAAGUUAAAGUAAAACAAAAUAAUUAGCAUAAAGCAGUAUAAAAUAGAAUUACUAAGUUUUAA